UUCCAGAAAAUAGGGGAAUCCUGGCAUUAUUUAGUUACAUAUUGUUUAAACAUGGCGGCCGAGGAACGGGUUUCGAGUCCCACGGAGUGUGCUGGGACUUUGGUGGAUGAGCUGUACAACUUCCGGGACCACUUUGUUGAGCGGUUUGGACUAGAAAAGGCUGGUGAUAAAGAGGUGGAAGUUGAGAAGAAAAUGAAAGAAUGUCUUCAGAAAUUAGAAUUCUACCAAGGUGACAUAAAGAACAAAUCUAUGAUCCAGCUGUUGAGAGGUCGUAUCCUGAAUGUUCUGUACAAAUACAGCCCAGAGGCAGAAGAGGCUCUCAGUAGAGCCGUGAAGCUUGACCCAAAGCUGGUGGAAGCCUGGAACCAUUUGGGUGAAUGCUACUGGAAGAAGGAUGAUGUAUCUGCUGCCAAAAAUUGUUUCACCGGAGCUUUGAAUCAUUCAAAAAACAAGGUAUCUCUGAGAAAUCUGUCCAUGGUGUUGAGGCAGUUGAGUGGGCCCCCUGUUGAGAAAGUCAAGCUGAUUGAGGAGAGUGUACAAAGAGCAAAAGAAGCCGUUCAGUUGGACGUCAAAGAUGGAACUUCGUGGUCAAUAUUGGGCAAUGCAUAUUUGUGCCAGUUUUUUGGCACUGGUCAGAAUCCUAUGAUCCUCAAGCAAUGCAUGCAGGCCUAUGGACAAGCAGAAAAAGAUCCAGUAGCCCAAGGCAACCCUGAUCUGUAUUUCAACAGAGCUGUGGCAUACAAGUACCAAGAAGAAUACCUGCUAGCCUUGGAAGGUUUCGACACAGCUGCCCAACUGGACCCAAGUUGGGUGGAGGCGCGGACCAAGGAGACGGAGCUACUCUCCUAUCUCAAGGACGUACAGGAAAUGGUGGAGACUAAGGGUAAGGCGAAAACCAAGAAAAUUGAGAGCCUCAUAAAGAGUCUUGGAGAGCGAGAUCUCGGGACGUAUAGCACAGGGCAGUACACAAACAAAGCUGGCAAAAGUGUGAAUAUUGCUCGCUGCCGUCUGAAUGACCUUCAGGUCAAGGUCAAUGAAGGGAAAGUUGUCAUGGGAGCUGUUGUGUGCAAUGUCCACUCAAAUGAGCUUGUUCCGUUCACAUUUUGCAUGAUGGAUGAGGACCAGACGUGUGUGGCAGUCACAGUGUACAACCUGGCUCAGGGCGCGGGGAUGAAGAUCGGAGACCGCAUGGCCAUCCCAGAGCCAUGUGUUAAGAAAGUCAAGCUCUCCCACAAGGGCACGGAAAUCAGUUUCGGCAGUAUUAUUGUGGACAGUCCGCGGUUUUUGAUUGUCAACGGUCGGGCGCUGGGUGCUAACAAGGAAGCUUUAGCAGUGUUGUCAGUCAGCACAGUGUCUGAAUAAGAGAAACCCCUUUUUUUAUGGUGAAAUGAGAUUGCUUGAUGAAGAUUGGAAACAGAAAUUCUGACGCUGUUGUAAACAAAGUUUUUGGGAGGUCUUUAUUGUCUCAAAUACCGUUAGUUGAAAUUCAUGUGUGAAAAUUAUAUGGUGGGUAAAUGUCUUGUCUAGAAAAGAUUACCCGUAUAUAAGCCUAAGAUAGAUACUUAUGGAAAGGUGUUUUUCAUGUGAAUCAAAAUUAGAAUCAGUGAUAAAAAAUGUUCAUCGAAAAGAAAAGAUACGGUUGUGUUCUGAGAUUUUUACCGCAUCUUGUCACUGCCACAUGCGUAUCAAGGGUGAAAGUUGUGUGUAGAAUAUGUGAAGUAAAUUGUACUAAAGAACAUAACAUUUUGAUUAAAUUUUAUAUUAUCUGCUCUUUAUGGUCUAAAAAUUUGGACGAUAUGGUGGAACAAUACACACCGUCAGAAUAUUGGGGAGGGGGAAGGGGGGGGGAGGGGUUAGGGACUUGAGGGGAAAAUUUGAAAAAGAGCUCCCUGUCUAAAUCGUACAGCUGCUUUAUCUUUGUCAAAGGGAAGUUCUUGUUUUGAUGGACACGGGAGAACCUUAACUCUUAACUAUGAGGGUGAAACAGUGAUGUCAUUUCUAACCGUGACAUGGCUUCACUUAUUCCCUACAGUGGGCGGUAUUUAAGGUUCGAUAAUUACUUCAUGUCAAAUUUUUUCUCUUGGAAUUAAAAGGACAAACUUGAAGAA